CGGAAAAAGUAGAAUUUUACUGGUUCAGAAUUGCUAUUUCAGUCAAUUGUGUCCAAUCAUUGAGUAAUUGAGAAACAUGGAUAUUGAGUACCCUUACCAGAAGGAACGUCGUGAGUUUGGACGCCAGUGUUUAUUUUCCGACAGGAAUAAGGUUGAAUUUUCCGAACCUGCCAAUCAUGAAUUGUUUAAAGAUUACAUUCUCCGAGAUCCGGUUCAUCUGGGAACACAAUACGGUCGUCAAAUGGCGCUUAGCGAAGUUAAUACGAUAAGCGCGGAGUAUGAAAAUCGUGGCUUAUUGCACUCGGAGGGUGGCUGGCCAAAGGAUGUUAAUUAUCUAGAUCCGGAACAGACGGUUCGGUAUCGUAGGAAAAUCGAGAAAGAUGAGACCUACGUGAGUCAAUUGACAAUGAUGACGAAACCUAUGGAGCACUGCAUAUAUCAGAACAAUGCCGUAAACAUCUACGAGAAUUACUUUGAUGAAUUAGAACCGGCACCUUUAAUGGAAAAAUGUAACUCAAGAACAUUGAAUGUUUACAGAGAUCCUGCAAUAUACAAACAACCCGUUACUCACUUAUCUUGGUCGCCCGAUGGAGGAUCUAAGCUCGCCGUGUCCCAUUGCAAUAUGAAUUUUCAAGAAACGAGCGGGAAAGCAGUGUGUUCGUACAUAUGGGAGAUUGAAAAUCCGAAUGUUCCCUUAAUGAGAUUUACUCCUCACAGUUCUAUGGUGUGUUUGGAAUACAAUCAGAAAGAUCCAACCACUUUAGUAAGCGGGAUGUAUAACGGACAGGUCGCUGCGUGGGAUACUAGAAAUGAAAAAGCUCCGGUCAUGAUUAGUGAACGUGAAAACUCUCAUCGAGCAACAGUGAAUUCAGCGCUGUGGAUAAACUCAAAAAGUGGAACUGAAUUUUUUUCGGGCUCCUCUGAUGGUCAGGUAAUGUGGUGGGAUACAAGGAAACUAUCCCAGCCAACUGAUACCCUCUUGAUGGAUCCGAUUAAAUCAGAUGAACAGGAUCUUUCGCGAUCGUAUGGAGUUAGCUGUUUGGAAUAUGAAACCUCGAUACCAACAAGAUUCAUGUGUGGAACCGAACAAGGAAUGUUAUUUUCUUGUAAUCGAAAAGGAAAAUCUCCGCAAGAGAAAAUAGUAUAUCGGCUUCCUUGUCACACUGGACCAAUUUUUUCGCUGACACGAAACCCUGCAUUCGUUAAAAAUUUUCUUACAAUCGGAGAUUGGAUAGCGCGUGUGUGGUCAGAGGAUUGCCGCGAAAGUUCCAUUAUUUGGACGAAGCAUCAUUCCGUGAUGCUAACGGAUGGCGUUUGGAAUCCAAUGCGGUAUUGCAUCUUCUACGUGAGUCGGGUCGAUGGAGUUCUAGAUGCAUGGGAUUUACUUCAGCAGCAGUGUGAUCCCAUUUUGAGUAUCAAAGUCUGUGACGAGAGCUUGAGGUGUUUACGCGCCCACGAAGCAGGGUAUUUAGUUGGAGCAGGAAGCAACAAGGGUGCGACUUUUUUGCUAGAAAUGUCUGAUAAUAUGACAGCGAUAAAAAAUGACAAACCAUUGAUGACUGCGAUGAUGGAGAGAGAAAAUCGCCGAGAAAAAAUUCUGGAAGCUAAAUCGCGAGAAAUGAAACUUAAGGUACGCACUCUCAAUCGUCAAGAGGAUGUUACUGACGAGAAACCAAAACUGUUUCAAUGUAAAUCUGCAUGUGAAGCUGCCGAGCAAGAAUAUCUUCAAACGUUGGAAAAAGAACGAAAGGCGCGCUCACCUGAGAUGUUCGAUGAUGAUUAUGAUCCAAGAAAAAUCGAGCAACAGAUGAAGGAAGAACAGUCGAACGAAGAAAUCAAUGAAUAGAACAGUGCUAUACACGGGAACUAUAUUCUAUAGAGCGUGUUGAAAGGCAAUAUGCACUAUAAUGGGCUUAUAUUUAUUGUGUGGAAAACGGAAAACAGAUGUAUUUUAAUCAUAUG